AUAAAUAUGGAAAAUUAUAUUUGGCUAGAAGGAGGCUGAGAAAGGGAACAGAUGGCCACCAAAAGAAUACUAGAGCAGCUAAUAGUCACUGGCAUAUUUCCGGGAGAAAAACUUAAAUCUGAAGCCAAGCAGAAGCAUUAUCCAUUUUUUUCUGCUCAGGGCACUGUGCAUGGAACUGCUCCUGCUAUGCUCUGACUAGAUGAAGGUGGGCUUCCUGAAAUGCCUUCUCCGAAUGGAAUAAACAGCUCCUAUCCUGCACUUUACAGCUCUUGCAGUAAUGCUGACAGAAAUAGUUGACAAGUCUUCCCAUGUGGAUGCUUUUUCUCAGUCUCAGCUGACUGUUCAAGAGAGGGAUCAUCUGGGCUCUAACAGAGUUUUCCAUCAGAGAGUCAGCUGUGGUGUCCUUUCCCUCCCACAUCUGGAAGGUCAAGUGAAGCAUGGUCUGGCUGCAGACACUGCAAACCCUCCCCCCUUUGAGAGCAGCCUGACUCAAAUAGCAAAUAAGAGCUUGCAGAGUGUCCUCCCCUCUCUUCAGGAAAAUGGAACUCAAGGCAAUUUUCCCCAAUUUAACCUUCCAGACAGUCUUCCUGAGAGUGAUACCAGAGUCCAUACAAAACCAUCUGAACUGGAGAGCACCAGCAUUGGGGUCAAACUGCCUAUGACAGCUUCAGAAGCCUUGAAAAAUUUUAGAAACCAGUUAACAGUCUAUGAGCAAAAAGAAAUUUUCAAUUAUACAGAGCUCUGGUUUCUUGGCCUGGAAGCUAAAAAGAUUGAAGGUUUGCCUGAAACCCAGAAUAAUAAUUGUUAUGAUGAUGAGCAUGGUUCCUACUUAAAGGUUUUACAUGACCACAUUGCCUACCGCUACGAAGUCUUGGAGGUCAUUGGGAAAGGGUCGUUUGGGCAGGUGGCCAAAUGUCUGGAUCACAAAACCAAUGAGUUAGUGGCAUUGAAAAUAAUAAGGAAUAAGAAAAGAUUUCACAGCCAGGCUUUGGUAGAAGUGAAGAUCCUUGAUGCUCUGCUGAAGAAAGACAAAGAUGACACUCACAAUAUCAUCCACAUGAAGGAAUACUUCUACUUUCGCAAUCACUUCUGUAUCUCCUUUGAACUGCUGGGAAUAAAUUUGUAUGAGCUGAUCAAAAAGAACAAUUUCCAAGGCUUCAGCCUGUCUUUGAUUCGCCACUUCACUCGCUGUGUGCUGAGGUGUUUACAAGUGCUCUACCAGGAAAGAAUCAUUCACUGUGAUCUGAAGCCUGAGAACAUACUAUUAUACCACAAUGGGCAAGGUUCGGUCAAAGUUAUUGAUUUUGGAUCAAGCUGCUAUGAAGACCAAAGAGUGUACACCUAUGUUCAGAGCCGCUUUUAUCGCUCCCCUGAGGUGAUUCUUGGUCAUCCUUAUGCUAUGGCUGUUGAUAUGUGGAGCUUAGGCUGUAUCAUAGCAGAGCUUUACACAGGCUACCCACUGUUCCCAGGGGAAAAUGAAGCUGAUCAACUUGCCUGCAUCAUGGAGGUAUUGGGUCUUCCACCAGCUGAUUUUAUCCAGGCUGCAUCAAGGAGGAGAACAUUCUUUGAUUCCAAGGGUUUUCCUAAAUCCAUAACUAACAGCAAGGGGAAAAAGAGAUGCCCAGACUCCAAGGAUCUAAGCACAGUGCUGAACACUCACGAUGCUGGUUUCUUGGACUUUUUGAAAGGAUGCUUAAUGUGGGAGCCUUCUCUGCGCAUGACUCCCGAUGAAGCGAUGAAACACGCGUGGAUCCAGGAGCCAAAAAUAUUCCGGAAAACACAGGCUCCAAGGAAGAUGAGUGAUGGCUCAUUCUCUGCUCUGGAAAAUAGAAGAGAGACCAUUCAGAAUCUCUGGAAAAAUGCAGCUGACAAAGUGAGAAGUGAAUUGGCUGACAGACUGACUCCCUUCACAGGCACAGCAGAAAGUGAUGUGCAGAACACAAGGAAGCAUGCUAUUCCAGACAAAUAUUUUGAAAACCACAUGGAAAAGCCUAUUAAAUACAAUCAAGCAGAAGACAGUGGCGAAAGAGCUCUUCCAAAAACUUCUCUUUUUUUCCCACCAAUUAAGUAACAAAGAGCACAAGCUAUGAUUGGCUCGGUUGCAUACCUAGUAUAUUUUGUAGGUAUUAAUUGUACUCAGGAAUAUAAGCUAUAUCUGUCUGUUCAUGGGCUGUGCACAUUGUAAGUAUAUUUAAUGUUCUUUUUACCCUGAAAUCAUCUAGUCAACCAAAACGGAAUUUGAGAACCAUUCAUUUUCCUCAUCUACAUCCUUAUAAUCAGAGAUUCUUCACAACAAGCAGCAAUAAAAUGGAGACUGUAGAGGUGGAGAGUGGCUUAUUCUUGGUGUUAUAACAGACUUUUGAAUUUCAUAUUUUCCUGGAUAUAAAAGAACAGAUGUGUUGACUGAAGAAUCUGAAUUCUUUUACUUAAAGCAGCAUAAGUCAGGAAUAAUUCAUGGAUAAGGUUACUGGAUUUACUUAUGUAUAUAAAAAAAAUAAGAGCAAUCAAACCCAGCAUCCUCAUUUUCCUCCUUCUCUAUCUUCCUCUUUCUAUAGAGAAGCUGCUAGAUGGAAACCAUUGUCACACCUUCCUAGCAGAUUUAGAAAUGUAAAUUAUGCUCUUUAGCUCUCCAGCAACAACAAAGCGGAGUGGUAUUCUGGGCCUAUUUCUGCAGGGACUCAACAGGAAGAAUGGAUUAAAGCAAACUGGUUUGAUUUGGGAAAAUUGUCCUUCAUGGCAAGUUUAAGUUAAUACUCUGAAAAAACCCCAACAAAAACCAAAUUAAUUUCUGUGAUCCCUAUGGCUUAUGUGUUUAAUUUAGGUAUUUGGCUCCUCACUGCAUUUGUAAAGCACCCAUCUCAUUACACAUCUUACAUUUAUUGGAGCUUAUAGCUAGAAAUUCAGUUGAAAAGGAAUAAUGAGAAAAUUGUCCUUUUAAAAGCAGCUGCUACUUUAGCAGUGACACUGCAGCAGCCCUAAGGGAAAGAGGUGUUCAGAGGUGUUUAGAGUCACCAUAGCAGCAAACUCCCACAGGCUCUUUUGCAAAAGUAAAAUCCAAAGGAUAUGGAAAUGGUCCUCAAGCAGUUCCAGAGUUACAGGAGUAAACAAUCCACCUGACAGGUACAGCUGAAUCACUUAAUGGUAGAAGUCACCUCAGGGAAAAUGGACUGCUAUGAUUGUCCCCUCAGCUUCAGGCAAAUCCUGGGACUUCUGAGGAAACACCUGGAAAAUGAGUGACCCAAGAAGGGCAAUAGCCCAUUAUUAAGGGUAAUUGAGCAGAGAAUUACAAGGAUAUUUUGGCAGACAAAUACCACCCUGCUGUGAUGCAGAGCAUUCCUGACAAUCAGACCAGCUUGCAAUGCCGGAAUUAUUUGUACCUCUGGUUUCAGAGAGGCUCUUUUGGAGCUGAACCCUCCUGGAGACUAUAAAAUGCUCCCAUUCCCAUUCUUCAGCAGAAUGUGCUGGGAAAAAUGGGUUCUGUUCUGCACCAUGUUGUGGCACAGCACAGCACAGCCAGGGUGGGUGCACUGUAGAGUGUGGGCCUUGUCAUAUUUCUAAGACCCUUGGAACAAUAAUUUACUAGUUUGGUGCAGUUGCUGGUCAUUCUUCAUCUGCCGUGUCACAUUCCCUUCACUGCUUAGGCUGCCCCAAGUUAAAAUAUCUGAUUCUCACAAUUGUGCACUUGGUGUUUUGUCUGCUCUACUUCAGGGGCAAAAUUUGGGGGCAAUUAUAUUGAGGUGUCUGUGACACCUGCAAUGGAUGUCACCCUAAUGAAGGUGUAAACCUCAUUUGAUAAAUGGGCUUCUGUGCUGGAGCUGUGUUUUCUUCACAAUUAGUAUGUUUCAGUAGCUCUCUAUAGUAUCAUCAUAUUAUUUCUCAUCCCAUAUGCUGAUGGGUUUUCCAAGGCAUUCUGUGUUCCAGGAAAAGUGGCAAAGUCACCUGAGCCUGUAAUUCAGUUUGAUCAUGCUUCCAUACAGAAGGCAGAUGGAUGGUAUUUCACUGGAGUUGCCAUGAAUUUGCUGUCUUCCUUUCCUUGCUGGCCUGCUGUUCUGCUUUAAUUCCUGCAGUCUUUAUGGUAAUCUUCAUCUUCAAAAUCUUUCCUAAUAAGGGUUCUUUUGGAUAACUUGAAUUUUUUUUUCAGAGAUGACAGAAAUUAAUAUAAAUUACUUAGCAGAAAUAUCUAGCCCUGAGAUAUCAUCACUGCUUUCACAUUCCUCUGCAGAAGCAAGUAGAUCAUCAGACACAAGUAGCAUCCUCAUUUCAGUGCUAUUUGAAAGGAGAUAAUGAAAAAAUUCUCUGUGUAAGAGGACAACCUACAAAAUGCUGAGAAGAAUCCUCUGACUCAUGCUCAGCUUGAGCCACCCUCAGACUUUUCAUGACGCAGACUCACAGAGAAAAGAAGCACUGAUAAUUUGCUUCCUUGAAAAGCCCAGUCCAUACAUCAUGUUUUGUUUCUCUAUGUACUGCCAUUUUUUAACCACAUUUGCCAAGAAAAUUGAGUGUCUGCUUUCUUGUCCA